UGCACGCGACGGCGCUCGCCAUCCUCAGGUUGCUGCAAAAAAUCAUCUCAGGACGGGACCCCCGACGUCUCCAGGGUAACGGGACUCCAGCUCAGGCAUCCGGUGCGUUAAUCUACUGGUCUGGAUGCAAUUGAGCAGACGGCGCAGGAAGCCGCGUGCAGCCUUACUUCCCCGACAUCGGUUUGGACUGUGAGACGCGACACGUCGCUGUGUUCUCGGGGAGCCGUCGGGAUCCAUCUGGUGGUCAAACGGUGGCCGCCGCUCACCCAGAGGCCAUAGCGCGGAAGCCAGAGCGACGUCACGCGGUGGGGAGAGGGCGCGCCGGUGCGCCUUCACGCGCUUCACGCACGCGGUGGCAUGUUUACCGAGGGGAGAGUUUGAUCCCACUCGCAGAGAGAGAGAGAGAGAGAGAGAGAGCGCAUGUAGACUGUCACGCGCGCUGUCCGGGACCGAGCAGACGAUGAAGAGGAGCUCUCAGAGCCGCGCUCCGGUUCCUUCUCCGGGAAGAUGAGAGCCUUUGUGUUGAGCCUGAUGAGUUCGGGAAGAUUCCUCAAUGGGACUUUAACACUUUACACGGAAGAAAUGUCCACAACUGCAAGUCCAACCAUCCCCUCCUCACAGCUGACAUCGGAUCAGCUCACAGUGGUCGCUGCAUCCUUUUCUUCUCUGGUGUUCUUUGUGAUUAUUGUGGUGCUGCUGUCCAUUAUUUAUCGGAAGGAUCUUCAGUGCUGCAAACUCCGCUCCUACCAGGGGCCACAUGCAGAUAUGGAUGCUCCUCCUCAGUACUACAGCAGCAGGCAGACCCUGGUGGGAUCUCCCUGUCUGGAGCCGACUCAGAUCCGGGACGACAACAACACUCAGCAGGCGGGUCAGCUGUUCUACGUGGGCCUGCCCUCCAGCUACAGCCUGCCCACACUGGAGGCCCCCCUGCCGAGGCUCCCGUCCUACGAGAGCGUCCGAAAGAAGGACCGCCAGAGGCAGAUCCACAUGAUGAUCGCGGACCGCUUUGGCCUCAAUGGACCCAUUGUGACAGAGCCUCCUCCUACAUAUGAAGAAAGCGUCCGCCACUCUGUGGAGCUGCCGUACAACAUCCUCUCAUCCAGUCUGGACGCCUCCCCUCCUCAGAGUAUCUACACCACCUGGAGGCCCGACACGCCUCCUCCUAUCACCUGUGACUCCAACAGCAAUGUUCUAACUGUGUGACUGAUUACUGAGCCAGCUUCCCAAUUGCGAAUGUCAAAGACAUGUGAAAGCUUUAGAGGAAGUUACCAAAAAUAACACGAGACUUGUUAAAGACUGGAUCCGUCACACAAGCUGAUUCAGAUACCUCAAGACUUUAAGACUAGAGUUCAUGUUGAGAGACAGAUGACGAAGGAGCAACUAAAGAGGAGCUCCGGGGAAAGGACAGCGUUGACUCGGCACAUUUAAAUGUUGAAAACACUUUGACACUGUACUCCACCAUGCUGAGGAAUCACUGGAUAUUAAUAAUGACUGAGGUGGCUGGAUCACCUUGAAGAAGAAAGUAUUGGACUACAACAUACCAAAAAGAGAACCACUAUUUACUUUGUUGAUUAUACUGUCAGUGAACCCCUUCUUCUCUUGUAGUGUGCAGUUCCUGAGCCAGAGACCUCAUUGUCAGGUGUGUAAUGUUGUCGGACACCUAUUUGUUUCUGUACCCUGCCAAGGCCGAGCCAUACUAACACUAGGCACCUGGUGCAGCCUGUGAGAGGGAAUAAAUGGUGCUGAUGAGAGUGCCUUCAUGAAGUUAUACCCUUUUUAAAAAAAAUCAUGCUUAGUUGUUCUUUUAAGGCAGAUGGGACUCUUGAUGAUUCCUCUCAUAUAGCUGCAGACAUAUUGAUUAGUUCUGUUCUCCACAAGGCUUCGAGGAGCAGAGGGAAGAGGAGCGGUUCCUUGUCUAGAUGCACCGAUCCGACUUUUUCAAUCCCGAUACCAACACUUUGGCUUUGGGUGUCAUUCGAUACCGAGUACUGAUCUGGUGCCGAUGUUUCAUUAACACGUUGUGUGUCUUUCUGUGUGGACGUGACUUUCAUUUGUCAGGCAACCUCAGGCUUGAGAUAAACAUUGUUUUCCUAACUUGAAA